UAUAUAAAUCGAACUGCCAAACAAUAUGCUUAAUUGCAGAUACAGUAAAAUAAUUAUUAUAAUUAUUAGUAUAAACACAACUGAAUUCGUUCAAUUCCCAAUCCUCAUAAAGAUUCAAAAUUUCUGGGAAUUUUACGAAUUUCAGCUAAACCCAUCAAAUUCAUUAACUUUUUUUUCUGUAAGCUGCUCUUCCUUACCGAAAAGUCUUUGCCAAAGUUCCUUACUUCAUUGAGAAACUAGGGUUCAGUACUUCAAAUUUUCAAUGGGUCGUUCUCGCGGGAAUUUUCAUUCUGCUGAUGAGGAUCCUACCCAGAGGUAAGCGGGGCUUAGAGAAUAUGGGUUCCUAACGUGAGAUAGAGCGCCGAAGCUUAUGCUCCAUAAUGCUCAAUUCUCAAGUUACUAAAGGGUGUUAUCAGAUGGAAACGGAAGUAUGAGCUUAAGCACGAUAAUGACACGAGAGUGUAGAGAGAGAAGUCGAUUCGUACUUCAGAUCAAGGAGAAAAAAGAAUGCCUCUGCUGGAGAAAAUUUAGAAUCUUCUUCUUCAGGUCAAGGAACAAGUGAAGGGAAAAGAGCUUUAUACCACUGCAAUUAUUGCAACAAGGACAUCACAGGAAAAAUCCGUAUCAAAUGUGCUAUUUGUCCUGAUUUCGACCUAUGUAUAGAGUGCUUUUCUGUUGGAGCCGAGGUUUCGCCUCAUAAAAGCUGCCAUCUUUACAGGGUCAUGGACAACUUAUCUUUUCCCCUUAUCUGUCCUGACUGGAAUGCAGAUGAUGAAAUUUUGCUUCUAGAGGGAAUUGAAAUGUAUGGCCUCGGAAACUGGGCAGAAGUAGCUGAACAUGUGGGCACAAAGAGUAAGGAGAAGUGCAUUGACCACUAUACUAAUGUUUAUAUGAAGUCCCCGUUCUUCCCUCUUCCGGAUAUGUCUCACGUUGUUGGAAAAAAUAGAAAAGAGCUUCUUGCAAUGGCUAAAGGGCAUACUGAGGACAAGAAAGGAACUAUGCUUGGGGAGCUUUCAGUGAAAGAAGAAUCUCCUUUUUCACCUUCAAGAGUCAAAGUUGAAGGCAGUAAUUGUGGCCGAAUAAUGUCUGGCUUAAAUGCAGAUGUAGAGUCUGGGGCGCGUUCUAGCAGUAAUAGCACAGCAUCGGCAACUGUUGUGAAAGUAUCGAACAUGAACCAGGUUAAAGAUGGCAAUGUUAAAAUGGAAGAUCAUCAAAUUGACAGAAAUUAUGGGGGAAAGAAGCCAAAUUCUUCAGGAAAUGAAGGUCCAUCUUUAGUUGAGUUGAGUGGUUAUAAUGCCAAAAGGCAGGAGUUCGAUCCAGAGUACGACAAUGAUGCCGAGCAGUUACUAGCUGAGAUGGAAUUUAAAGACACUGAUACUGAGGAAGAGCGUGAGCUUAAGCUGCGAGUGUUACGUAUCUAUUCAAAGAGGUUGGAUGAGAGGAAGCGUAGAAAGGAUUUCAUACUAGAAAGAAAUUUGUUAUAUCCUAAUCCUAUAGAGAAAGACUUAUCUCCCGAGGAGAGAGCACUUUGCCGACGUUAUGAUGUCUUCAUGCGUUUUCAUUCAAAGGAAGAACAUGACGAAUUGCUUCAGACGGUUAUCGCCGAGCACCGGACUUUAAAAAGGAUCGAAGAACUCAAGGAAGCCCGAGCAGCUGGUUGUCGAACAUCAGCUGAAGCAGAUCGAUAUCUUGAACAAAAAAGGAAACGGGAAGCUGAAGAGAGUUCUCACAGAGCAAAAGAUGGAGUCCAGGGUGGUCCAGGUGGCCAGGCAGCCCCAAAUUCAUUCAUGGCUUCCGAGUCUGUCGGCAAGGACUCAAAUGCAAGACCAACAGCACAGGCUUCUUCAAGCUAUGCUAAAGAUUUGGACAUAAUGGGUUUCGCCGAAACCCAGUUACUCUCUGAAACUGAGAAGCGGCUGUGCAGUGAGAUUCGGUUACCUCCACCACUUUAUCUAAGGAUGCUACAGAUCAUUUCAGAAGAGAUCUUCAAUGGAAAUGUUAGUAAGAAAGCGGAUGCUCAUCGCUUGUUCAAGAUUGAACCAAGCAAGAUCGAUAGAGUUUACGAUAUGCUGGUGAAGAAGGGGAUUGCUGCCCCAUGACAUCACAGUAGAUUCCAUACCAUGUUUAGCUGUUGCUGCUAAAGCUUAUAUUUUCAUCUUUGUUUUCUAUCAUUUUUGUUUUGGAGAGAAUGAAGCAGAACAAAUGAUAAUAAUUGUGUAUGUAGGUACUAAUAUUAGGUACUUCUGAAUAUGGAUUAUUUUUGUUUAUAGUCCACUUUGUAUUUUAUUUUGAUCAGAUCAGAUCAGGUUUCUCCAAAGACAUGGAGAAAUGAGCUUUGUAUUAGAAGUUUAGAAUCCAUUGUAUCAAUAGAUCAAGUUUCUCCCCUUUAUUUUACUAAUGAAAAUCAUGUUUUUCUGGUUUCUGAUA